CUGAUGAUUAUUUUUAAUCUCCAUUUUACACAGAAGCGAUACAUCCGUGUGCUUCAUGACUGGGACAAUGUGCCGGGCUUUGGUCCGCUCCUGAUGGCCUGUGUCCACCAAUACCAGGAAGGUAACGCCGACAAGAGUUUCCCCAUCACUCUGUCUGUGUGUGACCUCUGAGAUGGAGAGACAAAGCCCAGGAGAGAAACAGCCAGAUGCUAACAGGAGUGUGGCCACCACCACCACCACCACAUCAGCUGCUGUAACCAUAGCAACAGUCAGCUCUAGCUGCAGCACCAGGUGCACCCAGGCACCCUCUACCUCCCUCAGUAUCAUCACACCGGACAGACAAGCAGUCCAGGUGAUCCAGCAUGCUAUCCACAGACCUCAGAGCAUGGCUGCCCAGUACCUGCAUCAGAUGUACGCAGCCCAGCAGCAGCAUCUCAUGCUGCAGACAGCAGCCCUGCAGCAGCACCAGCAAAGCCCCCACCUGCAGAGCCUGGCCAUACAGCAGGCUUCAGUAUGUCAGAGGCAGUCACCUUCGUCAUCCAGCAGCGGUUUGGUUCAUCAACCUGCUGGUUCAUCGAUCACAUUACCAGCGUCCCCUGUAACAGCCCAGCUGAUUGGCCGAACACAAGCAUCCAACUCUGCCAGUGCAGCAACUUCGAUAUCCCAGCAGGCCAUGCUCCUGGGAAACAGACCGUCCAACUGUAGCCAGGCUCAGAUGUACCUUCGCACUCAGAUGCUCAUAUUGACCCCUGCAGCCUCAGUGGCUACGGUUCAGUCAGACCUCCCUGCUGUCACCUCCAGCUCCUCGCUAACUACCUCCUCUCAGGUGCAGAAUCUAGCUCUGCGGGCUCACUUGCCUGGCGCUCUGGCCACAGCCCACAGUGUGAUUCUAAAGCCAUCCACCCAUUCCCAAGCGGCCACUUUAUCCAAGACAUCCAUCUGUGCACUGAAGACCAACCAUCUGAGCAACACCUCAACAGAAACAGGACCCACUGAUGUGUCCAGGCUGUCGUCAGGACCUCAGAUUAUAACCCCAGCCUUCUCUCCGGUACAGACCCACACUCUGGUUAAGCAGCAGCUGUCGGGUCCAUCAGGCCAGCGGGUAGCGCAGCACCACGUCAUCCUCCAGCAGACCACAGGAGGAGCUCCACACCACCGCCAACUCCAGCCCAUCGCCCUCAGAGUCACACCCCAAGACACCAACUCCACCCCUCUGUCUCUGUCAGUCAAAAGACUGACCACAAACAGCACCCAGUCACAAACCAACGUCAACACCCCAGGCCCUUCGUCUUCGGCUUCUGUCACCACCACUUCUGCAUCAUCAGCUCAUGCCUCAAUCCCUGCAGCAGCCGUCCAGCCUCAGCCUCCUCCUCUGGUGGCUGCUCCACAGCCUCGGACCUCAUUCCCACAAGCCCAGAACCAGCCCCCACCUCCCCCUCCACCCCUGGUUCUCCCCAGGCUUCCUCAGAACCCCCCUGCCUCCCUGCAGAGGCUGUCCCUGCACUCGGUCGGGGCUUUGGCCGUGCAGUCAGGGCAGGUGCUCCUGACUGAACGGGAGCUGCCCGUAGCUGAGGCUCUGGUUCAGAUGCCAUAUCAUAACCUUCCCCCUCCUCAAACGGUGGCUGUUGAUCUGAAAAUGCAUCCAGUCAGACGCAGUGAAGCUCCAUCUUCAAGGCAAACAUGUAAGGUGAACGGGCUGAGCUCUGCGGAGAGGAAAGAUGGAUGUUCUUUAAGUUCACUGAAAGAAAGAUCCAUAACACCCUCCACUGUGCGUCCUGAGAAGAAUGGUAAAGUGAUGGAUUCCUCCUCCCUUAUAUCCAGUCCCUCAGUCAUCAGGUCACCAGUUGUUGAAGAUCUGUCCCUGCUCAGCAACACCACCAUCACCAGCAGAAGCCGUCCUCCUCCAUCUCCUGCUCUACCUCCUCCCAUCCUGCCAUCAGCAGUCAGAGGCCCCAGUCAACCCCCCUCCUCCCCAGCUGGGCCCCCAGUCUGCCCCGACAGGAUCCUCACAGCCCAAAUCCUCACACACCUGGUAGAGGGUUUUGUCAUCAGAGAGGGCCUGGAGCCUUUCCCGGUGGUCCCAACUACGCUGUUAUCAGACCAGCAAGCUUCACUUCCUGACUCUGAGGAGAUUCAAACCAAUGGGGACGCAGCAGCAGAGGACAGUCCGCUUGAAGCUGACCUGUCAGACUCGACUGACUCUGAGAUGGACAACGAUGACCCUGCUGCAGAUGUUGCAGAUCUGACGGAGAGUCCGGUGUCCAGUGUGCUGCAGUGUGAGUUUUGUGGGAGCAGAGGUUACGCUCACACGUUUCUGCGCUCCAAACGCUUCUGCUCUAUGACGUGUGUCAGAAGGUUUAAUGUGAGCUGCACCAAGCGGAUCAGCAUGCUGAGAGCAGGGCGCUGGGGUCACAGGCCGAUGGGCAGGAGAGGACGACCCCCCAGCAGAGUCAACGGAGCCUCCAGAGAACAUUUUCUGAGACAGACUCACAGGUCGUUUGGUUCAGAGGAGGCCCGGCAGAGCUCUCUGAGACAGGAAGAGCAGGAUGAAGAGCAGGAGGAUGAUGAUCUCCCUGUCCCGAUGACAACCAGGCUCCGGAAACAGGCCGAGACGCGUCGAGAGAGGGAGAGAGAGAAGGAGAGGGAGCAGGAGCAGAGGAUGACAGAGACGAUCAGUGUUUCUGACGGAGAGGAAGACGUCGGCAGUCCGUCUCAGUGGAACGUAGAACAAGUGGUCAAUUUUAUCAACUCCCUGCCAGGUGGUCAGGAUGUGGCUGCAGAUUUUCGCUCACAGGAAAUUGAUGGACAGGCUCUGCUGCUCCUCACAGAGGAUCACCUGGUCAGCACCAUGAACCUUAAACUGGGACCGGCUCUGAAACUCUGUGCUCACAUUAACUCUCUGAAAGACCCAUAAAUAAUAAACCUGCUCUCCAUGAGCGGAUUGAUUGAUUGAUUGAUCUUGACAUGGAAAACACAAAGGACAGUAUUUCUUCCUGCAGUGAUAACGCACAGACUGCAGUUUUCUCCUCUGAUCACUGCCACAGUUUCAUACCUGACGCCUCCAGUGAUGGGUCCAUACACUGCCACAGCUGAUUUCUACAGAGGAGCAGAUCUCUCCAUCACCUCUCAUCAUCCCAUUGUAGUAACCGUAGCAGUUUUACUCCUGUUAUCCAUUUGUUUCAAAAUGGUUUUCAAAGUUCUUUGUAUCAGGUGUGAAGAUGUCCAGAGAGGAAAGUGACAAAAAACCAGGUGAUCCUUUUUAAAGUCUCUUCAUUCACUACUCUGUCUAGUGUUUAUGACUGGAGAGGAUAAGGAUCCAAGAUUUAGGAAUGAUUUUUAUGUUUCCUUUUCAUUUAAACUGGGAAGCAGCAGUGGUUAAGUUUUAAUGGGUCUUUUUUUUACUGUGGAUAAAAGUGGAAGAGUAGAACAUUUUUUAACUUGAAUUUCAACCCAAAAAAGAAUUUAUGACUUAAUUGGGGUUCAUUAUUCACCAGUUUUCACAGGAAAAAAGUAACCAAACAAAAAACCCUGAAAAAAUGAUCACCCUUUGGUUUCACAGGAUAAUUUUGGUCAUAAAUCAGGCGGGUGAGAAAUUGGACCCCUGUAUUUUUUUUUUUAACUUAGUUUCAUUUUCCGUUUAGGCAACUUAAACAUUCAUUUAUACAUUUUUGCUGUAUCUGUAGGAUCACUGUUUUUUUAUCGCUUUUCUCUCAGUGUUUCUGAACAUUUGUAAACAAAGAAAACAACUCUGCCUUUACACCACAAGACAGAACAGCUUUAGUAUGCUGAACAGUCACAAAGUUUACAGAACAGAUUAAUACUUACCAUCUUACAGAUGAAAUGUCAUUAACUUUAUCAUGAGGAAACACAUAGUUGUACUGACGUCUGGGAAGUAAGUGGUGACAAGGUUAUUUAUGAAUUAUUUAUAAGAAUCAUAAUUAAUAAACAAAUGAAAAAAAAACAA